UGAUUCCAGAUGGAGUUGGCCAAUGCAACCACAGUCCAUGAAUUCAUUUUGCUGGGGUUUAAAGUUGAGCCAGAGAAAAGAUUCAUGCUUCUUGUUGUCUUCACCAUUCUCUACAUUCUCACUUUAGCUGAGAACAUCACCAUUAUCCUACUGGUGUUUGUAGAUGCCCACUUGGCCCAGAUUCCUAUGUACAUUCUGCUGAGCAACUUCUCCUGGUUGGAGAUGUGCUAUGUGUCCACCACUGUACCUCGAAUGAUCUUUGACCUGGCAUUUCCUCAUGGAAUUAUUUCCUUUCAUGCCUGUUUCCUCCAGUUCUACAUCCUAUUUUCUUUUGGCAACACUGAAUUUUUCUUCCUCUCAGCCAUGGCUUUGGAUCGGUACUUGGCCAUCUGCCACCCAUUGCAUUACCUACAGAUCAUGUCCCGAAAUUCCUGCUAUUGUCUGGUGGCUGUUUGUUGGGUCCUUGGAUUCCUCGGAUAUAUUCCCCCAGUGACUUUGAUUUCCAAGUUGUCCUUCUGUGGACCUAACAUCAUUGACCAUUUUCUUUGUGAUCCUGGUCCAAUUCUCUCCCUGGCUUGCCCUCCACUCGGAAAUGUUCCCCUUGUCUUCCAAAUUCAUGCGAAUGCAUUGUUUUUAGUCAAUGUUGCAUUUGUUGUGUUAUCAUACGGCAUUGUAAUUGUCACCCUCCUGAAAUCUUCCAACCAAGGCAGUUUUAGGAAGGCCUUCUCCACCAUAUCGAUGCACCUAAUAGUGGUGACUCUUUUUUAUGGCUCAGUAGGAGGGAUGUACUUAAUUCCAGGUGGAGAAAACCAGGCAGAGCUCACUAAGGGAAUAACAGUGUUUUAUGCCGCCAUUACACCAUUUCUCAACCCCAUGAUCUACUGUCUGAGAAACAAGCAGGUGAAAGAGGCACUGGGCAGGUUGCUGGGGAGGAAGCUGAGUUCACUGAUCACAGAAUAA